CUGAACUUAUUUCAGUAAGCACAUGACUUGGACAUGUAAACGUACGGGAAGCAGUGUAGCAUUUGAUUCAUUUUGAGAUGUUAAUAUUUAAUUAUUUAUACAGAUUAAUUAAGUAUUCUAGUGUGAAAAUGCGUGGGAUAUGUUGUCUACUUUACGUGUGAGAUAUAGAAUAGUUAUGCAUUGCCUUAUAUUCCUUCCACGUUUAUGCGAAUGGAAUUCUACUUUACGAAUUAAUAAAUACACUGUACAAUGGUAAGCCAAAAAGGGACACAACAUUAAACACAAAUAAGAGACAGAGCACUGGUCGAUUCAAAUAUGAAAGCAGUAAUUCGAAUGGGAUUUGUACGAUGAGAAAAGAAAAAAAGUGUUUGCAGCGUGAAAAUGAAGACUGCAAAAUGAGUGGUAUUUAUACAUUGUGUUAAGAACAUCAAAAGUUGACUAGCUGAAGAUGGAACAAGAUGGUUCAAGCAACCGGUGAAAUAUUGGACUGAUUAUUAUAAGAUAAAAAUCUCAGUGAUUGAUCAUAAUUUGCCUAUUAUUUUUAUGUUUAUUCAUUUUAAAAUAUAUCUCAUUUGGAAAUAGUUCAGAUAUUUAUAGAUAAAGCAAUGACAUAUUAACACAACCAAUUAUCAUCAGACCUUGAGAACUGUCGAGGGCAUAUGAUAAAUUACUUUAUUUAAGUAGAAAUAUACGUUGCCCUCAAGCUGUUGCUACUGAUUGAUGGUGAAUCGUACGCGAUAAUAAAUAUGGCUUGAGCGGCAGUAUUGUUUCUAAGCCAAACGCGACUUGCCGCGGGCGACAGCAGUGUAGAAAAUAUCUAACGACGCUUCACUAAAUACGGAAACGUUGUAUACAAGACGUACGUUAAAAACAGCCGUUGGCUAACGUUCACAUGCAGUUAACACGCAGUGUUUGCCCCUAUAGGCGUAUGCGUUGUUGGCCGAACAGGAGUUUACAGAUUCAACCUGGAUAUUUCUAAAAGGGAUUUUAUAAGUUAUUGACGUGUUUAAAGUAUUUCGAUGUAGUUCUUCUCGAUGCGUGGACGCUUUGUAAGAAACCUUAAUACGCUAAUUUAAACACUUGUUCUGCGUGAUUGUGAAAGAAUUUCAAAUUUUAUGUGUCGACCAGUGCUUGUGUUUACUUAAUUUACGUAGAGAGGUUCAGAAACGGAGAAAAAUGGGUCGGAUAAAUAAUUGCCGGUGCAAGGACGAAGAAAAAGUGUACCAGUACGUCGGUCGGGGUUUUAAUCCGGACAAAUACGUCUUCCAUGCGUUGAUGGUGCUAGCGUUGACCUUCCUUGCUUUCUACAUUUUAUUGACGUCACUUCCGGGCUGGUAUGUCUUGCAGGAGCAGACGGCAAAUUUAAGCACCUGCUCUACUGCUGACCACAUAUUAACUACGCAUGUGCGUCGCAAGUGGACCGAGAGAAAUACGCCGGUCUUUGUAAGCUCCAGUUUAUGGUAUUUAAGGAUAGUUGUGGGUCAGGAAGAGCGGACGUUCGAACGUUUUUUGCCGUUCCUGUUUUUGAACAAAGAUCCGGUGGAGCGAUAUAUUCAAAAUGGCUUGCUAGUCGAGAGUGUGCUUCCCAAGAAUCUUACAACGAUUUUGCUAUUCGUGUUCCUGUGUAUGGGGGUGGUCUUCACGUGCUGUGCGUCUGACCGGCCGUCCAGACUGGUUUACUACGGACUCUCCAACAUCAUGCUGGUAGCAUCCAUUACUUGCUGGAUAACCAUAGCAAACAACCUGGGUGAGCAAUUCUUGCUUAGCGUCGCCGCGGACCUCUGUGUCGAGCAGGGAGUCGUUAAGACCAGCUUCCUGCUGCAGACGCUCACCGCAAGCGCCGGCAUCCUCUCCUUCGUGUUCGGCAGCGUUCUCAUGCACGUGGGAAUCAUGAUUAACGAGAAGGUGAAGGUUGACCGGAGCGUCACCCAACGGGCGGAGGAAUUCGACGUAGCAGAAAAAGUCGAGCAAUUGUACGCAACAAAAUCGACUGAGGUCUCUUGCAAGUUGUCCCACCAUUCCAUUGGAGCAUAUGUCGUUUAGCGGUCGAGUUGGGAACAUAUCGUUGUUGUAAAGCCUCUCUGAAGCAUGUGUCCGUGUUCGACACAAUAUUCCGGAAGUUCAUAAUGGGCCUAUCAGGUUUCUGCCCCAGCUUUUGGCGGUGUCCUGCUAUUCGGCGGCGGUCAUUCCAUUUACGUAUACGUUUCAUAAUUACUGCAGUUCGAUAUCGGUGUCUGUGAAACGAUUUGCAUGGCUUUGGUAUUUUGGCUCGAUUUGGUCAGAUUUACAGGUCCGUCAUUAUGUUUAAAGAAAAUUUUCCAAAAACAAUAUAUUAAAAAAGAGUACAUUACAUGAAAAUGACAAGCAUACUUUAUGCUUUCUCCAAUUAGAACCGUAACAAAUUCCAGGGACGACAAUCACUGUGGUAAGGUGAAUGUAAGAGACAAUGCAUAAAAAGUACAACAAAACGUUUGCAUGUCCCAUGAUGUAGCUACCGAUAUAUAACAAUGUAACAAGUAAGUGAAACAUGUUACCAAUAUAAACUAAAGUUAUUAUGAUAAUUCAAAAUUAGGGAAGUAAUUCGUGUUUCCUCAGCUAGUAUAGUACGAUAUCAGAAAUUCUUCACAAAAAAACAGCUGUUUUAUUAUCAAAGCAAAGCUAACCGUCUCGGAACGGUCAAAACAAAGCUCACCGUCUCGGAACGGUCAAUGCAAACGAUUGGAGUUUCAACCGAACGUCACACUUAGCAUACGCUUAAAGUUACACAUAUUAGAAAGAUUCCGUAAUCAGUUGUCCAAAAUGUAAUAUUGCAUAUUAAAAUACUAAUUUAUAACUUUCCCAUUGACAUUGUUUUACAUUUAAGCAAAUGAGGGUAAGCCGUUAAUUCUAAACAUUCGUCGCAACUUUCUUUGCUAAGCAUUAUCUAUCACAUUCAAAGGUACUCUGUGCCAAGACAAUACUCCUGAAAUGUAAAGUGAUGAACAGUGCGAGUGUGGCAUACAAUAAACUGAUUCGAAAUAGGUGGAUAUAAUAUGAAGAACGAAUUUGUGUUGCAUGCGUCAUUUAAUUUGCUUUGACGUGUGAAUGAAUGUGUUACUUUUUGUUUGUGUACAUGUACAUGUUUGCUUUAACAGAAGUGUUCAUUGCAAAUGCAAAUAGCCUGUACUAUUUUCAUGUGUAAAUAUAUAGCGAGUUGUGUAUAUAAUACAUAUAUAACUUAAAGAGUACUUUAAGUGAUGAUAUUUAUAUUUAUAAUAUACAUAUAUAUUUUCUUCAGGGUAUCUUACGUUGUUGAUUCAAGAUUUAAAAAAUCAUAUUUGAGACGUUCAAUUAUAAUAUUUUAUUUGUUAUUUAAACAUGUUUUAAGAAAUUUAAAUUUUAAUGUUUGUAUGUAUAUUUUAUUAUUUACGACAAUCGGGUACCUUUUUGCGGUAAAAAAAUCACUUAAAUCACGAACGGUUAUACUUUGUAUUUAUAGGGCAUUUGUUGGCAUCAGAUAAUUCUAUUACUUGAAUUACUUCUAAAGAAGACCCGAUUCAAAUACUCAUGUUUAAUCGUUUACUUGGCUGUACUGAGGACGAACCAGGUUGCUAGAUAUCGUUGGUACAUACGACAAUGUCGUAAUAGAUGCUUAGUGCCUUUGAGGCUAGCGUAUGUAUGUAUGCGAUGUGGUGAAAUUAAAUGACUUAAUGUAAUAAUGGCUAUCGCUCAAAUAAUGCUGUUGUGGUUUUAAUGUUUGAGAUUUUCAAGUAAAUUUUAAUGAUCGAUCACAAAUAAUAAUAACAAUAUUUGGUUUUGUGUUUCUCAUAAUUUAAAAAAUUGAUAUCCUUAUUGUUUAAGAGCAAUUUACUUUAAUUUUCAAAGCAGAUGUUGUGUAUUUGUACUUGUAUAUGUAAUGCAUGACUGCAGAAUUUGUACGAAAUGUCACGUGUAUAUCGUUAUAUCCGAAUGGUAUUAUUCCAUAUGUUCUUUAUAAAUCUGUGUCACUCUUGUUUUUGAAACAUGUAAUACACAUGUAUAUGCAGUUGUAAUUCAUUUCUAUGCAAUCUUUAAAGCCGGCAUUUUUCAAAGCUGGUGCUAAAGUAUAUCAUUUCAUCGUGUUUGUUUUACUUCGUUAAUAAAUGUUUAAUAGAAAACGA